CGGAGUUUGGCAUCUUCUACGCAUAUACACGCACAGAGGUUUCAGAGCAAUAUGGCGGACAAUCGUAAAGUCUUCUUCUUUGAUAUAGACAACUGUCUGUACUCGAAGAGCAAGAAGGUGCAUGAGUUGAUGGGCGAUCUUAUUGACAAAUAUUUCCAAACUCAUCUUUCCCUAUCACAGGAGGACGCCAAUGAGUUGCACAUGCGAUACUACAAAGACUAUGGACUCGCUAUCGAAGGACUCGUACGCCAUCACAAGGUUGACGCACUUGAGUACAACGAGAAAGUGGACGACGCGUUGCCUCUCGAAGACAUCAUGUUUCCGGAUCCCAAGUUGCGCAGACUACUCGAAGAUCUCGACACGUCGAAGGUGAAACCCUGGCUCUUUACCAAUGCAUACAUCAACCACGGCAAACGAGUGGUGAAGCUCCUGGGUGUUGAGGACAUGUUCGAAGGCAUCACGUACUGCGACUACUCAGCAGCCAGGUUUUUGUGUAAGCCAUCGCCGGACAUGUUCAAGAAAGCUAUGAAGGAAGCUGGUGUGACGUCGGCCGAAGAUUGCUAUUUUGUUGAUGACUCGGCCAUCAACGCAGUUGGUGCAACCAAGUUGGGCUGGACUGCGGCACACUUGGUAGAGCCGGGUGUCACUGCUCCUGUGACACAAGCCUCAAAAUAUCAGAUCAGCAACCUCCAGGAACUCAGGAGCAUCUUCCCUCAAUUCUUCAAGUCGACUUGACUGAGGUCUAGAUGAUACGUUUACUUGCUGCUUCAUGACCUUAUUCUAGAGCUAGACGAUACAUUAGCGUAAUCAUAAUUUUCGAAGAUGCUAGGGGUGCUUGGCUUGCGAUAUCCACGAACAAUGCCAGCCAACAGAAUUGACACAGAUGAUAGAGAAACGUGUCGGAAGCGAACGACUCAUU